AUGCUAGAUACAGGGGUGUUUGAACAACAUAGCCAGGGUGUUAACCACGUGUUUCUUUACUACACCACAGACGACAACUUUCCCAUCACAUACAGGAUGCCUUGUUUGGUGAAAGAGUCGUUUUUUCUCUCUCUCCUCACCGUUGGCAUUUUGUCUUUAGUCCAAGAUGACAUCCGGGUCCUGCAGUCAGAGCUAUACCGCAUUAACUACUCUAUCCAUAUAAUGUACCGUAAAAUAAAAACAACGUGUCCUGGCUUUAACUUGGGAUGGAUCCCAAUAGGACGCAGAAGUGUCAGGGUUGCUUCGGCCACAAGGCUUAACAUAGAGCUGGAGUUGGCAGAGAGCACACUGGAGCACCUGAUAACACAGUACAACGAUUGUAAACUGGCUGCUUCAUUCACAAAGAGCACCAGGAAACCUACCACGAAACCCACUACUACCAGAGGGACCACAACAAGAACUACCACAACUACGCCAAGGACUACCACCACUACUAGACCUACGACCUCGUCUACUAUAUGUGGUUCUACAGUGAAGUCUACUACAACUACUACCACAUCUACUGCUAGGUCAACAGCAACUACUACUACUACAUCUACUGCUAGGUCAACAGCAACUACUACUACUACAUUGAAACCUACGACAACUACAGCGAAGUCUACAACAACAACAACAACACCUAGAACAACAACUGCUACCACAUCUACAACUACCUCGACUACUACGCCAACAACAACUGCUACCACAUCUACAACUACCUCGACUACUACGCCAACAACAACUGCUACCACAUCUACAACUACCUCGACUACUACGCCAACAACAACCACCGAAGAACCAACAACAACCCCGAAAUCUACCGGUACAACUACUGCAACCAUAAUCAGUACUUCCCCGACUCCAAACUCCACCAGGUCCAAAAUUACCAAUAUACCCAUUACUGUGGAUCCAGCAAAACAUGCGUUCCAAGUCCUCCGCACAGCCAACGUGACAUACGAGGGCUACGCUUUCCUGGCCGUGGAAGUCAGGAUUCCCGAAAACGGACGAAGCAAGUCGGAGUCUUGGUGCCGUGACUAUCAGAACCUCUGUGAGGGGUUUGGACGCCGCCCCACGGGAUGCGCGGGUCAGUUUGCUCCAGGGGGCGCCCAAUCUCAGUACUCUGCAUCAUGUGAAAUACUGUACAACUCAGACAUGACAAUCAACGGUCCACGCGGUGCGGAGGGCAACGGCGUUCUAGGGUGUGAUCCAAGUGAAGGUGUCGCCACCGUUGCCAGGAUGGCCUUCCCUAACGGCUAUCCUCGAGGCCAGUUCAACACAUUUGCCUUUCUUUAUUGCAAUACGGGGUACUGCAGUGACGUCAUUGCGAAGGGCUUAUCCGUGUACUCACUUUGGUAUAUGAGAGGGUUUUACGAUGCUGUUAACCCAACGAACAUAAUGUAUACAGUCUGUCGCUAG